AUGCCAGAAGGCAACAACCUAAACUAUAAUGCACGCUGCAAUUUUUUAUAUUAUUGGAUAGGGGACCUGUUAUUCAAAAAUGUAACAGAUCCUGACAUAGUCCCGAACACUCUAAAUUCAAUCUGUAAAUAUAUAAAGAGUACGUAUCUAAAGGAGAAGGACAAAGUUAUUUGUGAAACUAUCGAUAAAAACAAAUUCAACCGUAGAAAACUAAUAUUUGAUUAUUGGCAGGACUACAAUGCAAUAAAGUCACUGUUACAGAGCAGCAAGUCUGAAUGUGAACCGAAAUAUAGGGACUACUUGAAUGGUAUUGUCAACGCAUAUAAUACUUUGAAUACAAAUUGUACGAAUCCUGCAAAUAAGAAUAAUCCAUAUUGUGAGGAAUUCAAUAUCCCUUCCAUAUUGGGAGUAGUAGGAUUGCCUACAAUGGUUUUUUUAUUAUAUAAAUAUACUUCCAUAUUUUCCGAUUUACGCAACACCCUCUUUGGAGGCAACAAUAACAGUAGAAUUAAAAGAAGGGAAAGAUCCACUGGACGUCACCACUUUGAGAACACAUUAACGGAAGGUGCCUCAACAUUUGACUCAUCGGAAAACGGUUCAACAUCAGAAUAUUCAACAUUAGCGUAA